CUGGGAGGAGGAAGAGGACGAAGAGGAGGAAGAGGAGGACGGCAGCAGAGGCUGCAGAGAUGCACUGACACACACACACUGAAAGGAGCUAACUGCUAACAGACAGACACACACAGAGAGAGAAAGACAGGUGGAGGGAGUCUGAUGCUGGCAACACACACACACGCACACUUAGAUGGCUGCAGUGAAGCUAGCUGGUUAGCAUUCUGAGGAUAUAAAGCUAACCUAUUGACAAACACACAUUUAUAGAGCAACAAACACACACACAUUUAUAGAGACACACACUCAGCGAUGAAGAUUUGCAGGCUGACUAUUGGCCGAUGUAGUCAUAGCUAAGGUUGACGGACAGGUGUUGGGAGCGGAGCCUGCAGGUGGGGGUGAUGUCAAAGAGAGGAGUGGGGGGGCGAGGGAAGGGGGAGCGGCCUGACGCCAUGGCAACUCUCCAAGUGGCCAAUGAGGAGCUGAGGGCCAAACUGAUGGACAUCCAGAUAGAAUUCCAGCACGAGAAGAACAAGGUGAGCCGUCUGGAGCGGGAGAAGAGCCAGGAGCUGAAGGCGGAGCAUCAUCGAUCCUCAUUGGCUCUGACGGAGCUGAAGACCAAACUGCACGAGGAGAGGACGAGGGAGCUGUCAAUCACCCGGGAGACGUUACUACGGCAACACGAGAUGGAGCUAAUGAGGGUCAUCAAGAUCAAAGACGCAGAAAUACAACGACUCAACGGGCUGGUUCUGACUCUGAGGGACGGGACUACAGACAAGGUGAGGCCCCCCUACCUGGAGGCGGAGGAGUCCAGAAGGAUCUGGGACUCGGAGCGAUGUCGCCUCCAUCAGGAGAUCCAGGACCUGAGGGGCGCUAAGAGGAGCGCAGAGGAAGCUCUGAGCUCGGCUCAACAGGCGGGACAGACCAGAGCAGCAGAGCUCAGAUCAGCUUAUCACCAACACCAGGAGGAGCUGAACCGAACCAAGAGGGAGUGUGAGAGAGAGAUCAGGAGACUGAUGGAUGAAAUAAAGCUGAAGGACCGAGCAGUCAGUGUUCUGGACAAAGCUCUGGGUCUGCAGGCGGGUCACGCCCACCGCCUGCAGCUGCAGACGCAGGCAGCUGAGCAGCAGAUCGCAGCGCUGAGAGAUGCUCAGAGGGGGGGGGCCAGCCCCAACACUAACCCCGACCCUAACACCUGUCCUCACCUCUCUCAGGAGGAACGGGACACUAGAAGGUUUCAGUUAAAAAUCGCUGAGCUCAGCGCCGUGGUGAGGAAGCUGGAGGAUCGGAACGCUCUGCUGUCGGAGGAACGCAACGAACUGCUGAAGCGGCUGCGGGAGACGGAGAGUCAGUUCCUGCCUCUGCUGGAUAAGAACCGGUGUCUGAGCAGGAAGAACGAGGAGAUGGCGCUAUCGCUGCGUCGCCUCGACAACAAGCUGCGCUUCGUCACGCAGGAAAACAUGGAGAUGGUAGCUAUGCGGAGACCGAAUUCUUUGAAUGACCUGGACCGCAGCCGCUCCAGUUACCAUGGUUACAGCCAGGACGAGAGAGAGAUGGAGUUUCUACGGUUACAAGUUCUGGAGCAACAACACGUCAUUGACGACCUGUCAAAGGCUCUGGAGACAGCGGGUUAUGUGAAGAAUGUUAUCGAGAGAGACAUGUUGCUGAGGUACAGACGCCAGGAUUCAGUCAGGAGGAAACGGACCUUCAGAGCCUGCAGGGUCAUAGAGACGUUCUACGGCUACGAUGAAGAAGCUUCUGUGGACUCUGAUGGAUCGUCUUUGUCGUUUCACACCGACAGAACUCCAGAUACAGAGCCAGAGGAGGUGUGUGUGCGCGAGGAGGCGGAGUUCCGUUUCCGUCAGCUGACUCAGGAGUACCAAGCUCUGCAGAGAGCUUACGCUCUGCUGGCAGAAACCAGCGGGGGAACCUACGAUCCUGAGAAGGAGAUCCGGAACAGAGAACAGCUGCUGAGUGAAAUCAGUCGAUAUCAAACCAGAGUCGCCGAUCUGGAGUCAGCACUGAAGCAACAAGGACUGGAUGUGCAGUGGGUGGAGGAGAAGCAGGCGUUGUAUCAGAGGAACCAGCAGCUGGUGGAGAAGGUGAGGCAGAUGGAAGCUGAAGAGAUGCAGCUGGAGAACGAGAUCCAGGACAUCAGAGACCAGAACGAACUGCUGGAGUUCAGGAUCCUGGAGCUGGAGGAGAGGGAGCGACGCUCACCUGCCAUUAACUUCCAUCAACUAAAUUUCCCAGAAGGCCUCAGUCCUCUUCAGAUCUACUGCGAGGCAGAGGGCGUCCCGGACAUUGUGAUCAGUGAGUUGAUGAAGAAGCUGGACAUCCUGGGAGAUAACGGCGUUUUCCCUUUGGUCUAUCAGCUGGGAUUGAGGACACCUGGCGGCUGGAGCUAGCCGGAUAAAGGACCGGGCCGGAUCUCGCUCUCGCUCUCUCUCUGGCAGGAGGACGCAGCGCGAAGACCAGCUGACCUCUUGUUUCGUAGUUUGUUUCGCCUGUUUGUGUCCUUCAGCAGCAGUGAAUAAACUCUUGUUUCCUAUUCACGCCCUCGUGUUCUGUCGUGCGUUUGUUGUGGCUGAGAGCCAAGCCAUGACAGCUGGUGGCUCGUCCACUUCUUUUUAUCUGUGAUACAGCAACGGAUAGGUGAGAUUUGUGUGGGUUGGUUGGUGCGUUGCAUGUGGAGCAGUGCGAAACGGUGCAGAGUUUUCCCUGGCAGGUUAAGCGGCGGUUCCCUUGGGAUUGUUGAGUGGGGUGUGUAGUGUUGCGGAGAAAGUGGUUGAAGCCUUGGCUUGGGAGCAUGGCCGUGGUCUCAGUAGUGUUGCUAGCUUGCUAGUCGCUUUGCUGGAUUAGCGGUCUCCAGUGCAUAAAUACCCACCACAAGUAACUGCAUGAAGACUAGGGAGGAGAUUAGUCAGUGGGAUGGUGAGUUAGUGGGGAAACUCCAAUCAAAAAAUUAGUGUUCCACUUUGGACGCAUAAUAAACGUGGUGGUAUCUGUCCGGUUGGUUUUUGUUUUUGUUUUUGUUUUUGUUCUCUUCUUUCGGUUUAAAGGUCCGGUGUUGUGUUCCGGUGAGGGGUCGGUGUAAAUUAAGAUGGCUGACGUAGAGGCAUUUAUUGAAGCUCCGUCUCAGGAGUCUCUUGCCACUUUCUCAAGAGAGCAGCUGCUCUUAAUUGCUGAGCAUUUCUCUGUGUCUAUUGUCGGUGAUAGAAGGGUGAAAGACAACAUAAAAGACUCUAUAGUGUCGACAUUAAGUGAGACAGGAGUGUUUGCUGCAAAGGAAGAGGGGGUUUUGUUAAAACCUCUUUUUCAGGCUAGCUCACUGUCCUUUGAGCAGCAGAAGGAGAUGUUAUUGUUGCAGCUGAGUCAUGACAAAAUGAGGUAUGAGAUGGAGUGUGAAAAGGAAAUUGCAGUUGAGCGGAUGCGGCAGGAGACUGAGAGAGCCAAACUGGAUAUGGAAGGACAACGUCUUUCUAUGGUCAGAGAUGGUGCGGUGUUGGGUGAGUGGCACGGUGAACAGGUGCCCAGGUCUCCUCAUCGGUUCGAUGCUAACAACUUACGCUUGUUACCGCAAUUUAAUGAAAGUGAUCCUGACACUUUUUUUUUGCUUUUUGAUUGUGUCGCUAGGGCUAGAGAUUGGCCUGAUGCGGACUGCGCUCUGAUGCUUCAGUGUGUUCUCACAGGGAGAGCGCAGUCAGCAUAUUCCUCCUUAUGUCUUGAGGAUAGCUCUAGCUAUAGUAAAAUAAAAUCGGCGGUGCUUAGAGCAUAUGAACUGGUGCCAGAGGCCUAUCGACAGCGUUUUAGGUCCUUUGAGCAAAAACAAGAUCAAACAUAUGUGGAGAUGGCGAGGGAUUUGUCUGUUCAUUUUAAGCGUUGGUUAACUGCUCUUGACGUCACUACUUUUGACGAUUUGUGUGAGCUCAUGACUUUGGAACAGUUCAAAAAUAUUCUUCCAGACAAGAUUGCUACUUACAUAACAGAACACAGGGUCACUUCUGCGGCUGAAGCUGCUGUGGCAGCUGAUGAGUUUGUGUUGCUUCAUAAGAGCAGGUUCGGAGGGCGCUCUGGGGCCAUGGCUGUUUUUGAGGGAAGUAGAAAGGUUGGUUCAUUUGGGAUGGAGCCAAGGAACUUGGGUUUGGUCAAAUCUGAGGUGGAUAAUAAUGAUAUUUGCCACUACUGUCGCGAAAAAGGCCAUUGGAAGGCAGACUGUCCUGCGCUUAGAGCAAAAUCUGAGGGAGGAAGAUAUUUUGUUGGGCCUGUUGCGUUGGCUGCGCCUGUGGAAAGCAGCGGUGUUGCCGAUGUGCUUACAUCCCACUUAGGUGGAUCUGAGAUUUUGGCAUCUUAUGCUCCAUUUAUACGAGACGGCUUGGUGUCAUUGGUAGGUAGUAAUGUCAGAGUUCCAAUCAAAAUCUUGCGAGACACAGGGGCUUUUGACUCCUAUAUUGUUGACUCUGUUUUGCCUCUGUCUUAUGAAAGUGACACUGGUGACACCCUUCUGAGUAGGGGACUGGGAUUAAAAGUUCUUCCUAUUCCUGUUCAUAGGAUGUAUAUUGAUUGUGGUCUUUUUAAGGGUGAGGUGGCUGUUGGUGUACGUCCAGCUUUGCCAAUCGAGGGGAUACAGUUCAUCCUGGGCAACGGUUUGGCAGGUAGCAGAGUCUGGACUGAUGUUCCCCCUGUGCUUUUAGUGACUGGCGGUCCGAUUGAGUCAAGGUCUGAAGAGAGCUCUACAGUGUUGGCAGACGUCACGCCCUCUGGUGUGAUCACUCGUGCUAUGGACAAAAACAUGUUUAGAAAACAGAAGACCAAACAUUGUCCCACUAGUCAAAGUGGUCGUGGCGUUGAUGGUGGUCGUGGUGGCGGCAGCGUUGAUGGUGGUCGUGGCGGCGGCAACAGGGGUCGAGGAAGAGGCAAGGAAAUGUCCUGCUAUCGGUGUGGAGACCAAGGACACAUGGCUCGCGAUUGUGGGCAUGCCAACGACCGGAAGUGCUAUUCCUGCGGUGGGCUUGGUCACAUCCAGAGACGUUGCAGUAGGGUGAAAUGUUACAGGUGUGGCGACAUUGGCCACGUGGCGGUGCAUGGCAGUAAAGCCAGUGAAACUAACUGCUACAACUGAGGAAGCAUGGGCCGUGACGGUAAUGUAUUGUCUGUCAUACUGUUUAAUAAACCGUUCUCGCUCUGCCCAUCCUUUUAAAGUGUGCUUCUCAGGUUGCUUACCUGUGUUGCUAAAGAUGUGGCUGGGUGUGGGAGGAGCGGCUGGCAGUGUGAGGGUUGUAUGUUGCAAUUGUUGGUUUUGUUGGAAGUGGGGUUCCGUAUGUCUGGUAUUUUUGUUGUUCAUUACUGGUGUUUUUUUUGUUUUGUCAGGGUUGGUCUGCCGGUGGUCCUGGGGACACCGACUUUAAGGGGGGGGGGGUGUGACGACCCCUGCCUUGUUAUCUCUGGUGUGUGUAUGUUCCUUUAAGGUUUUCCCUUUGGUCUAUCAGCUGGGAUUGAGGACACCUGGCGGCUGGAGCUAGCCGGAUAAAGGACCGGGCCGGAUCUCGCUCUCGCUCUCUCUCUGGCAGGAGGACGCAGCGCGAAGACCAGCUGACCUCUUGUUUCGUAGUUUGUUUCGCCUGUUUGUGUCCUUCAGCAGCAGUGAAUAAACUCUUGUUUCCUAUUCAC